GCUGCUGGCCGCCGUGGGGCUGCUGUCGGCGCUCAGCGCCGCGGGCACGCUGUUCCUGCUGGCGCAGUGGCGGGAGCUCGGCGCGGCGCUGCGGGAGCUGGAGGCGGCGGGGAACGGCUCCGUGCGGGGGCUGCCGCCCGGGCCCGCGCCCGCCGCCCGCGCCAAGCGCAGCCGCCGCGGGGAGCGCGCCCGCGGUGCUGUGCGCGCCGAGAGCGACGAGAUGCUGCUGAUGCUCACCUACUCCAUGGUGCCGGUCCGAGUGAUGGUGGAUUUGUGUAACAGCACAAAAGGGAUAUGUUUAACAGGCCCCCCAGGACCCCCAGGGCCUCCUGGGCUGCCUGGCUACAAUGGAUCAGAUGGAAUCCCAGGAACUCCAGGACAAAAGGGAGAACCAGGAGUAAAUGGAAAAAGAGGAAAAAUAGGUUUGCCAGGACCAAAAGGUGAUCAAGGACAGAAAGGAGAACCAGGAGAAAUGGGUUUACCUGGCAAGGAUGGUAUGCCAGGAGGAAAAGGUGCAAGAGGAUUCAAGGGAGAAAAGGGGGAUGCAAACAAUGAUGUGAUAUUAGAAGGUGCAAAAGGUGAGCCUGGACCCCCUGGGCCCCCUGGACCUCCUGGACCCCCAGGGCCUCCACGUAAACGUAAAGGUAAAGGCAAGGCGGAGCUUCGGGAGAACACCUACAGCAGCCAAUGCACAGAUGAGAUAUGUGAUGUACCAAAUGAUGAUACUCUUGCUGGAAAGGCUGAAGACAGAAACCCAGGUCCUUCAAAAAAAGCAGAAUGUGUUAUAAAGUCUGUAGGAAGUCCUGUUCACUUUGUCAGUGUACAGCAAACGUUUGGAACUUGGAUGAGGGAACCUGCAAACAUAAGUGAUGAAAGGAUUUGGCUCACCAUGCAUUUUUCAGGAAACUAUAUAAAAGAAUAUGAAAAUUCCAAUGCCUUGCUGAAUGAUAGCUACAGGAUCAUUAACAUCACAGGAUUUUUCUAUGGAUGUGGUCAUGCAGUACAAAACAAUCAUCUAUACUAUCAGAAGGGAGGAACUGAUGUCAUUCUGAAAUUUGGGCUCGAUAAAGAGUCGCUGGGCACCCUGCUCAUCGAGAAUGCCUUACACCAGGGCCGGAACUACCUCUUCUCCAACUCCAAGACGUAUUUCAACAUAGCAGUGGAUGAAAAGGGUCUUUGGAUUAUAUAUGCCUCAAGCACUGAUGAAAAUAUAAUGGUAGCACACGUAGAUGAAGAAACGUUCUCAGUCAUUCGGCACAUCAAUACCACCUAUCCUAAGUCCAAGGCUGGUAAUGCAUUCAUAGCAUGUGGCAUUCUGUAUGUUACUGACACUAAGGACAUGACAGUAAGUUUUGCUUUUGAUUUACUGAAAGGGAAGCAGAUUGAUGCAAGGUUUGAGUUACGGUCUUCACAGUCUGUUCUUGCUAUGCUUUCGUACAGUCUGCGAGACAAGAAUUUGUACACGUGGGAGAAUGGAAGCUUAAUGGUAUACCCAGUCCAUUUUGGCAGAUGAAUAUAUUUUCACAUGCCACCUUUGACUACAGGAUCUGUUUAAAGCUCUCUGAUAUACACAUGGGGGUCUCUUCACUUGGUAUAAUCUUCUGUUUGCUGAUGGUGGUUUGUGAGUGUGUAUGAAAGGGAGAUCAGGUGCCUUUGUAUAAACACACUUCAAUUACAUAGGCCAUCCUCACCUUUAAAACAAAUUGUUGUUCACUAUUGCAGAUGGCACACAGCAUAGACAUACUUCUGUUUUUCCCUUACUCAGAUGAUAACUGUGUCUAAUGUACAUUGAUUAUUCCAUGGUCAUGUGCUCAGCAGAGACUAUUUGUAACUUUUAUUUACAAUCAUCUUCUCUGCAAUCAUUUUCUAGUCAGUGAUGAUGGUCUAAUAUAAAUAUCUAAAUAAGGAACUUUUGUGUACAAAUACCUUUGUCACCUUCAUUUAAUUUCCAAGGAUUCUGUGUGACCAUUUUUUCUGGACAAAGGUUUAAAGCUGUUAAAAUAAUGGGACUGCAAAUACUUGUUUAAAUAGGAAAAAAGAGAAGAAAGCUUAAAAUUUGACAAGUCAAAUCAAAUAUUAAUAAUCAAAAGCAAAAUCCAGCUAAAGGAAAAUGGGAAUAAUAGCAUUACAUACUGAAUAGAGAUGAAUUGUGUUUCUUUAAAAUUAAAGACAUAACCUUUAUGAUUAAAAUUUCAUUUUUAACAGUA